GGGCGGAGUCAGAGACCGGUCGUUUCCACGCAGCUAUUGAGAAAAGUCGCCGGCCGAAGUGCAAGAAGGUCAGACAAUGUUACAGCUAGCCAGGCUUUUGUCAACCUCGUCUGUGUGCCAGAAAGUCACAGAACUUCAGUUUCCUGUCCCAUGGGGCCACAUUGCCGCCAAGUCCUGGGGUCCUCGCGAGGGGCGUCCUGUUCUGUGCCUGCAUGGCUGGUUGGACAACGCCAACUCUUUCGACAGGCUGAUACCACGGCUACCUCAGGAAUGCCACUAUCUUGCGAUGGAUUUUCCAGGACAUGGGCUCUCAUCACACAGACCCCCUGGAGAGCAUUACAUCUUCCCAGCCUAUGUGAACGACGUUCUCAGAGUAGCUAAAGCUUUAGAUUGGAAGACGUUUUCAAUUCUGGGCCACAGCAUGGGUGGCAAUGUGGCCUGCUUGUUCAGUGCAUUGUUUCCAGAGAUGGUUGAGAAGCUGGUGAUCCUGGAUGCCUAUGGAUUCCUGCCCACAGAGACUGAUGAAAUCCCAGGGCUGGUUCGUACUGGAAUGGAGGAGAUGUUGGGGUACGAGAGCGAGGCCAGGUUCUAUUGCCGGGGAAAGUCUACUCCCCAGAGAAGGCGUGUCAGAGAGCUGCACCCUCACACCACAACACAGAGCUGCACCCUCACAACACAACACAGAGCUGCACCCUCACACCACAACACAGAGCUGCACCCUCACAACACAGAGCUGCACCCUCACAACACAACACAGAGCUGCACCCUCACAGAGCUGCCCCCUCACAACACAGAGCUGCCCCCUCACACCACAACACAGAGCUGCACCCUCACACCACAACACAGAGCUGCACCCUCACACCACACCACAGAGCUGCACCCUCACACCACAACACAGAGCUGCACCCUCACAACACAGAGCUGCCCCCUCACAACACACCACAGAGCUGCACCCUCACACAACACAGAGCUGCACCCUCACAACACAGAGCUGCACCCUCACACCACAACACAGAGCUGCACCCUCACAACACACCACAGAGCUGCACCCUCACAACACAGAGCUGCACCCUCACCCUCACACCACAACACAGACCACAACACAGAGCUGCACCCUCGCCCAGCCUGCGCUGUGUUCUCUACAUCAACGCGUUUCAUAUAUUUGCAGACAAACAUCGUGAGGAUUACUCUAGAGCAGAGCCUGCAGUUCCAGAAGAGAAUCUCAGCCAGCGUCCUGAUAGUGCUUGCCGAGGAGGGAAUUCGGAAAUGGAACAAGCAGAGCCUGGAUGAGGUGCUCCGGGGUUUCAGAGAGUCGCUCGGAGAGUCUCGUUUUCGUUUGGAGUCAGUUCCAGGGAACCACCACGUGCAUCUCAACCAGCCCGAGAACGUGGCCUCGAUCACGGGGAGAUUUCUCAGCAGCUCUGCAUGGAGCUCCAGCAUCGACACUGCGGCCAAACUGUGACCCCGCUGAGACCCCACAACCAGGGGACAGAGAGAUAGAGACAGACAGACAGAGCCCCACAAUGCUGUUCAGUUUGACGCUGCAGUAUAAUAUAGAAUCCCUUCUUCUUGGUGUCUGUGUUAGUUUACUGCAUUCUGAACAGAGUUUAGUGUCACUGAAGCUGCAGACAGACAGACAGAGCUCCAC